ACGUCAUCGGUCUCCUGUGCGGUAUCCGGCGGAGAAUUUCCGGCGCUCGGCCUUUUCAGCUGUGUGUCUCCGCCGGGCUGCAGUCAAAGCCAGCGCCUCCUGAAUCCUCGCUCCGCCAUCCGACAAAAUGAUCAUCUACAAGGAUAUCAUCACCGGAGACGAGAUGUUCUCAGACAUCUACAAAAUCAAAGAGUCGGAGAAUGGCAUGAUGAUCGAAGUCGAGGGAAAGAUGAUCAGCAGAGCAGAGGGUGACAUCGAUGAUUCGCUGAUCGGUGGCAACGCGUCCGCAGAGAUCCAGGACGAGGGUUGCGAGUCGGCGUUGGUCAGUGGAGUCGACAUCGUCCUCAACCACAAGCUCCAGGAAACCAGCUACGACAAGAAGUCUUACACCGGAUACAUCAAGGACUACAUGAAGGCGGUAAAGGCCAAACUGCAGGAAACAUGUCCUGGACGGGUAGAGCCUUUCAUGGCUAAUGCUCCAGCUGAGGUCAAGAAAAUUCUAGGCAACAUCAAGAACUUCCAGUUUUUCACAGGUGAAUCCAUGAACCCGGACGGCUCGAUCGGUCUUCUCGACUUCCGCGAGGACGGAGUGACGCCGUACAUGCUCUUCUUCAAAGACGGUCUUGAGAUUGAGAAAUGCUAAACCACCACGCUUGUGUCCCUGACUGCUUCUCCUAAUCAGCGGCUGGCCGUCAAAAGCUUUUGGAUCAGAUCACUCAUUCCAUUCUACUCCAUCGGGAUCGGAACCGAAAGCCCAUUUAACCCCUCUUUCUCUUCCUCUACGGCCACCGCUUCGGUUCCCAUAUCACCGUCCAUGCUGCGGAACUCGAAGCCCCUUUACACACCAGCUCAGGGUGGGGGUGAACAGUAUUUUUUCUUUUUUUUAAGUGAGCUGAAUCACAUAGCAGAGAGCUUUGCAUUGUCAGGGGAAGAAGACGUGAAUGAUGCAGCUCACUUUAGGUUUUUUUAACUUCAUUACCAUCAAGUUUGACUGCCUGGGAAUUGGUUUCGCUGUGUGCAUGUCGGCACUCAGGCGGCAGUUGUACAGGUAUUAUUCUGAUCCCCAACCCUUCCCCUUCAUAUUCUCCAAAUUACGGGAUUGUAUAGGAUUUCUUGGCACUAUUUGUGAAAUAAAGUCAAGCUGCUGGCUAAAGGUG